CUUAUCCCGUCAUCCACCCAUGGCAUAAAGCUGCCUCCUUUGCUCCCACCUCGGUCUACUGCGCACGCUCCAAUGGCGGCCACGGCUGUGACCCUGCCGUCCUCGCCGGCCGCCUUCCCCGUCGCCACCGCCGCCGUCUCCUCCUCCCGCACCCGCUGCCUCCUCCUGCGUUCGCCGCCUCCCCGCCGGGCUCUCCGCGUCGUCGCCGCCGCCGCGGCCGACGCGCCACCCAAGCCGCCGCCGACCUCGCCUUCCGGCAUCGUACUCGUCGACCCCAGCGAGGCCCAGAAGGUGCACCGACUCAAGGCUGUGUACGACCAGAAGGUGGUCCCCCUCAUCACCGAGGAGUUCGGCUACACCAAUGUCCACCAGGUUCCCAAGAUCGAGAAGAUAGUAGUGAAUUGCGGGUUGGGGGCGGAAGCCGGUAACUCCAAGGGGCUGGAGGCCGCCAUGAAGGACCUCGCUAAUAUCACCGGCCAGUGGCCCGUCAAGACGAAGGCCAAGAAGUCUGUCGCCAGUUUCAAGAUCCGCGAGGGGAACGCCAUUGGCAUUGCCGUCACGCUCCGCGGCAGGGUAAUGUUCAACUUCUUGGAUAGGCUUAUCAACCUUGGGCUCCCUAGGACCAUGGACUUCCUUGGUGUCAACCCCAACAGCUUCGAUGGCCAUGGCAACUACAGCAUCGGCCUCCGUGAUCAGGGCGUGUUCCCGGAGAUCCCGUACGAGGUGGGCGGGAAGAAGAACGGUAUGGACGUCUGCAUCGUCACCACCGCCAAGACGGACAACGAGGCCCUCAGGCUGCUCACCCUCCUCGGCAUGCCGUUCUCGGAGAACAUCAAGUCCGGCGUGCUCAUCCGGAAGAAGAGGUUGAAGCGCCACCACUUCAUGAGCAAGGGCAGGGGAAGACGGUGAUGACCAACCCGCUGUCUCGGCACGUUGAGCUCCGCUUCUCACUUUGUCAAUUGUCAUAUUUUUCUUGCAAAGUUUCGUUUAGAAGUUUGAUCAUCCUGCUGUCUUCUCACCUGCUGUUCUUGCUGUACGAAAACAAAAUGGAAAAGCUUUGCUUUUGUCAGGUCA